UGAGAGGAUGGUGAAACAGAAGAUUUACAAUACAGACUACUUGCGAAGUUUGCCUUGCGUGGUGCACAACUCGGUGUAACUAACACAGCUUCGCUGUUCGACCAUGUUCACGGACUGGAAGGGGCGGUGAUUUUCUUUCUCACACCUUUAGCAAGCACUUUGUGCAAGAAAAAUAUGUAAGUGUUAUAUCACGCAGGAAAUGGUGGCGCCACUGACGUUUAUUUCUGAAAGUUAUGCUCUUGCGUCCGCCAUGCUCCUGCUUUCACGCGAGCACCCACGCUUAAGCGCGAGCGAGACGAAGAAGAAGAAGCGCCGUUCUUGAGCUCUGCUAGGGGUGCUCACAGAAAAGGACUCCGCCUCCUAGGAAUACGACAAAGGCCCUGGCGAUCUGAAAGCAGGAACCCGUCAUCAUCAAGGACAAGGAAAAUUUCUCGACACCCUGUGAGUCUCGGAGCUACACGAGUCGGGCGAGCGGCCGUAUUUUGUAGGGCCGCAGGGAAUCCCCUGCCACCGUCGGCUCCAGUCAGGUUACACGCACUGACCGCUGACUGACGUCGGCCUCUAAGGCGUUUAGGAGCCGGAUCAGCUAAGAAAUGGCCGAAGACACCAGGGGUGCGCCAAAAUAUGUUCCCCAGUCGAAGAACGAUCGUGGAAGCAUUCCAGCGAGAUCCUCCUCGAGCGACCAACGUGGUCGACCGGCUUCGGAACGCGAAGGCAGCAGCAAGGACAAAACCGAUAGUGGGCAUGCUCCUGCUGACGCGAAAAAGCCGGGCUUUCCCGCUGCUGCGCUUGCUACAAGCAAAUCUGAUCAGCAGGCGACCGUCUCAAGCAUUUCACCCGGCGUUGCUUCAUCGUCGAGCAACACGCAAGCCAAGACACUCAGCAGCCCUUACUACUUAUCGGGGUCAAAUUCUGGGCGGACCCCAGAGUCACCGCAUGGUAUUUCGGAGACUGAACGACUUCUGGCCGAGCUGACAGUGCUCAGGGGUCGCAACAUGCCCCUGGACGAGAGCCAGCUUCCAGUGAGCCCCAUGGUGGAGCGAGGGCCCACGGCCUCCAAGGGACGGAGUGUGUCCAUCGACAUGCUACCCUCCAUCAGCCUCAUCUCUCCUCAGAGCGCGCUUCGUACGCCCGAACCUAGAGUGACGUCGGCGAGUCAAGAUGCACCUACCGCCCUAUUGCUACUGUGUUCUUUGACGCCACGACCACGUGACAUCUGGUGGAGGUGCUUUGCGUUCAUGUACCAGACGCCCCCACAAAGCCGUGACCCAAGCCCUCACGCGGAAGACACCAACGUCGCCAAGAACCAGCGAGGUAGCCGCAGGCUGCAAGGACUGCCCCCGGAGCACGGACUUUUGCCUGAGACGACUAGGAAGAUGGCCACCAAGUCCACCCCAAUAGUUCUCACGACCACGUGACAAUAGUUAAUGACGCAUUAGGAAUGAGAAAAAAUGGCUGUUACUUUUCCUGAACGCAAGCUGGACACUCAUGUUCACGAUGUGCUCCGUAACACUAUUCCAGUGAAUGGUAGCCUGCGGCAAAGCAGUUGAAUAAAAUGCAGCAGUUCUGCCAGAAAUGCGUUAAAAGCUUAGAAGG